GGUUGAGAAGAUUUGUUCCGAGAUUGGAACGGCUUUUUACGAUUACAUACCUUAUGGAUGUGGGUCGGCUUUGGGCAGCGAUGGGGACACUAGCGAUUACAAUAGUUUAGCGGUCUUCAUUUUUCAAACAAGAAAUUAUCUCAUUCUACAUGGUCCCGUUCCAUCUCAAAGCUCAUCCUUGGCCACACGAUCCAGCGUCUUGGCUUUGAACCCCUGCUGUCCCUCCGCGAUGCGCCGCAGCCGCAGCACAGCCGCCGCGUGCCUCUUGACGGGCACCGACAGCACGCCGCCUGCCUCGACGACCCCGACCCUCUCCCCAAACAGGCGCGGGUCCUCCUCGCGCAGCCCGACCUCGUACGGCUUCUCGGUGGCGUUGUACCAGUUCGCACCCGCCAGCACCGCCGCGCCCUCGUCGGCCGAGGUCGCCGCCAGCACCCGCGCCGCCGUCUCGUCGGGCAUGCGGUGCGCCCACAGGUCGUGCACGGCCCAGUCGAAGCCCACGUGCGGCGCCGACCCUCCCGGCCCGUAGGCCGUGAAGAUCUCGGACAGCGGCACCGACAUGGCCUCGAGGUCCUCGGCGCCGGCGUUGAGCAGCACCACGGCCUGGUCGCCGUUGGCGAGGUGGCCCGCCCACACGUGCGUCUCGCCCACGCCGUAGACGUCCUUGGCCACGCCGUCGGUCGCGCGGCUCACGCGCGUCAGCGACCGGCCGUGCGGGUCCUGGCUCAGCGCGAUGAUGGCCGGGUUGUUGACGAUGGAGAGCGCGCGCGGCGACAUUUCGCGCACGUCGUUGCCCAGGAACAGCGGGCUCUUGAGCGCGGCCCAGAGCGCAAAGUGCGCCUUGUACUCGUCGUCCGUCAUGCCGCCCUGGCCCACCUCGAGCAUGUCGAGGUCGCUCCAGCCGCCCGGGAUGCUGCGGUCUGCAAAGGCGGCCACCUUGUUGAGGAUGAAGAGCACGCUGCAGUGCGUCCCGGGCGCGAUGCAGGACGGGUCCGACAGCCGGUUCUCGUCGCAGCCGCAGAGGUCGUCGGGCCGCGUGAAGGAGUCGUAGAUGUCGCCCGUGACGCGCCACGAGUUGGCGAUGGACAUGCCCCACGUGUGCACCAGGUCCUCGCCCCAGUUGCACAGGUUGAGCAGCACGUUGCGCCCCGUCGCCCGCAGCGCGUCCGACAUGACCUUGAACCGGUUGAACGAGAUCUGCGGCGUCCCGAUCCGGCCCAUGUGGUAGCAGCUGUCGUACUUGAGCAUGUCGACGCCCCACGCGGCAAAGCUCUGCGCGUCGUCCUUUUCGUGGUCGAGCGAGCCCUCUGUCGGACCUUUGCGUCAGCGCCCUUGUACCCUCCCUCCCCCUUGUCUCUUCUUGACGUUGGGUCUCGCUCGUCUCCCGCCGCAUCUACUUACCAAAUCUGGCACACGUCAUCUCUCCCGCGCUCGAGUACAUGCCGUACUUGAAGCCCAUGGCAUGUAGAUCGUCCGAGAUGGCCUUGAGGCCGCGCGGGAACUUUGUCGCCUCGGGCUGCAGCUUCCCGUGCUCGUCGCGGCCCUUGGGGUCCUGCCAGCAGUCGUCCAACACCACGUAGUUGUAGCCCAGGUCGCGCAGCCCGAGACUGACAAGCUUUUCAGCCGUUGACAGCAGCAGGUGCUCCGAGACGUCACAGCCAAACGCAUUCCAGUUAUUCUUUACCGGUACGUGAACAGUCAGCCCUCAUGCUCCAUUACAAAAAAAANAAAAAAACCGAACAAAACAUGCAGACAAGGACCAAAGGGAAACAAUGGCUUCAUACCCAUCCCAUCGGCGGCGUCAAGGCGAGUCCAUUGUUGAUGGCCCCAGCGCAUUGGGCUAGGAGCAGGAAAAGCGCUCCGGCCGCGGCCGGGGAAGCAGAUCUUGGUGCUAUCAUUGUGAUUUGGGAUGCUGGCAGACAAUUGCUUGCACCGUGAAGGAUAGAUAGGGUCCUACGAAGUCUUAAGUAGUGGUGUCUGUCAUCAGAGCCGGACAGUAAAUCCGGAUUUCCACGGCGCGAGCCGGUCAAGUACCGGAUGCAUGCCCGUCAAUGUCGGUGAGAAGGGGCGAGGCAGCGGCCGGCAGGGAUGAUCUCUACACUGACUAAAUUUCUAUGAAUAAGUGAUAUCUACUGUGUAUGCUCGUGCGGAAAAGUGGGUGGAGAUGGAGGGGGCUCCUGGGCUCAGUGUUUUCCGCCGCUACUGGUGUCCGGAUGACCCAGGAUGUGCCGCCGAGGGCCGAAGCAGCCCACCCGGCUCCGCAAACUGGCCCACACCACCGCCAGGGCCGUCCUCCCGCCUUCACUUGGAAAGGGACCAGAGAGCCUCGUAGUCCGGGUCCAUCUCGCGCGGCUCGUCCUCCAUAUGAUCCGCGAACUCAACCAGAAAGCGCAGCAGCCACUGGUCGAGGACAAAGGCGCUGCUGCUGCCGGGGCUGCUGCCGCCGACGCCAUCCCCGCUGCGAAGCAGACAGGUCUGGUGGAAAGCCCGCAGCCGGCUCAUGGCCCCGUCGACAGCGGGCCAGAAUGGCUUGAGGUCCAGUAGGAUAAUCUGGAAGUUGUGCUCCAGCCGAGCGCGCGCCUCGCGGAUGGGUCGCUCGCUGGCGGCAAAAAGCAGUGUGUGGAUCUGCACCGUAGACGCGAUGACAAGAACGUGCGCUACCAUCGGAUACCGCACGUCGGCGCCUGCAGUAGCCGCACAGCGGUAGAUCAACUCACAAAGACGUGCGGCGUGGUCCUUGCAGCGCUCGGCGUAGACGACGUGCGCCGGCAAGCGGCCGUUGCCGCCGCCGCUGCUGCUGCUGACAUCAUCGGCACUGCCACCGAGGAACUGGAAGUAGAGCAGCUGGCUAAAGUAGUAAUAGCCGAGGUAGACGGCAGCGAACAUGCGACCCAGCCCGCGGGCGGCAAACCAAGCCAGGUUCUCGGGUGUGUCGCGCAUGCUUGGUGGGAGACUGACAAGCCAAUGCUCCAACUCCAGCGAAAGCUUCUGCACGCCACUGUCGAGCGCCGGGCCGGCCAGGUGGGCGGCAACGCACGUCUUGUUGAAGUCUAUGAUGUUGGCGAGCACCCGGUUCAACUUUACCAUCUGUGUGAAAAGCGGAGACUCGAGCAGUGUCGUCCGGCCGCUGGGUGACAUCUCAUCAAUGCCUCCCAAGUCCAGGAACGGAAUCUCAUCCAUAGGGACGGCGGCAGCGUCGAGAUGCGGAGCUGCUGGCAUAAUCCGAGGAAGCUUAACAGCCGUCGAGGACCAAACAUCAAUCAUGCACAGACUCCACCAGGCUGUGUUUGUUUCUUGGGUGUCAGCGGAUCGAUGCGCAGGGAUAAACCGGGGCCAUGGGAUAUACGGACCUCGUAUGUUUGUUUCUCUUUCAACAAGACUGGAGGCUGUGCGGUCCAUGAGAUUCAUGGUGCAGGCCAUGCGCCCAGCGAGGGUGUAGUAGACAUUCUCAGCCUCAAUCUCCCCCUGUCCAGCGGCAUAUGCCCCAAGAAGGACGCAAACUUGGACCGUCAGCACCGAGAUAUGGCGAACCCGUAGCUGCGCCUCGCAGGCGACACGGAAUCUUUCUCCUCUGUCGCAAGGGGCCGUGUCGGCGAGGUGGCCAUGGUUUGAGAACCUGCAUGGCAGUGAUUGAGAAUCCCUCGUUAGCUUUACCGUAUAUAUGGUGGACUUGGCAAGGAUCAAGAGACGUACCUUGCAGCAAGCGAGAAGAUAGCUAGCAACAAGAUGCCUGGGACCUGGUUUUUGGUAACGUCGUCCUCAAAGCUAGGGCGAUGGAACAUGGAAUGGAACUGGUCGUGGAUGUAGUCAAAAUAGCAGCCGACCAGGUCCAGCCUCAGGGCCAUGGGCAGCGACUCGAUGUUGACGGUGGCAUUUUGGCUAGCGACAUCUGCCUGUACCGUGGCAGCUCGUUCCGAGGACGGACCGGGCACUGGGUGUGCGAUUUGUGCUUGGCUGGAACGUGCUGGGAGCUGGGCGUCUAUGCUGCCCGAGACCUGGAGCCGGAGCUGGCGGCGGUGGUACCAACCCCCAUCGGGCGGCUUUUGGAUGCAGUGUAAGCCGUACAGUGUACAGUAUUCGCAGGAUGGGCUCUGGCUGUCGGUCGCGGGCCAGAUGCAGCGGCGUCGACGGGCUCUGGAGGAGGGCGAGGCGAGAUGAGGUCAGCCAGGGGAGAGAUGGCACAAGGAUCAGAAGUGUCAGUCAAGGUCCGGAACAUACCGACAGACACCACAGGCAGAUGGUUUCCGCAUCAAAAGGCGGGUGGAGAGUGCGGAGGACGCAGAGCUAGGGCGAGUCGCCUAUCCGGGUGUCCGGCAAGCAGCGCUAGGCGAACGUCACACGGUAAACGGCCGGGAAGCUGGCGGGAAACUGGCAUUAUAGGAAUUAGUUCAGAGACGACGGCAGGCGGAAAGCACGUGCAAGGGAUAUUGGGGUGCAUUCAAUGUUAUUGUAAUGUCUGUGCUGAGUUGCGAACCGUCAUGUGGACCCGACGCUUGGCAUGAUCAACACUAGUGGCGGAAAACUCUGCGGAAAGCUGAGUGGGGCUUCGGUCAAGCAAUUCGAGGAGCAGGGAUGGUGCAGAAAGGUGAGGGGCUGGCCAAAUUGGCCAUCACCCUCACCGCGGCCUGGCUCGAUUUUUGCCUCUUGGCCCGCCCUCGUGGUCCCCUCGUGGUCUGGUGUAUCGUUCCCCCAGAGUCCAACUCCCCACGGGGCUUCCCGCCACACCGGUCACCGCCCUCCAAGGGCCUCGAAAAUUCCCCGCAGAUGCAGAGGCCGACAGCCAACGAACCGAGAUGACGCCGCCUUUCCCACGGGGAGGCCGUUGCUGAGCAGAAAAAAUAUCUGCCUCCCCGCUCUUACUCUCCGCCCAGACACCCUCACCCUUGCCGUUGCAUAUGCCGGGAACAGGGGCCUUGGGUAGGAGAUGGGCGCAUUCAAGAAUGCAAGGCACCUGGGCAGGUGUAAGGGGAGCUAUGUAGGAUCCAGGCCAUCGCCGACUCCGCCAUGUCCGCCCCCGACCACCCCAAAGCCGCCGGCGAUGGCGCCGAGCCCACGACUGAGAAGUUCACGUCCAUAGGCCUCGGCGGCAACCAUGUCGCCGACGAGACUAACGCGGCGCUGGCCAACGAGCGCAACAUGACCAUUGGGCAGACGCUGCGCUACUGGCGCAAGGCCGUGCUCUUCUCCUUUUUCCUCUCGCUCUGCAUCAUCAUGGAGAGCUACGACACGUCACUCAUGAACAACUUCUUCCCCUUCCCGGCCUUCCAGGAGCGCUUCGGCGACGAGCCCAACCCCAACGGCGGCAAGGUCGUCUCGGCUCGCUGGCAGACCAUCAUCCUCAACGGCACCCAGGUUGGCUGCAUCAUCGGCCUGAUCCUCAACGGCUACAUCACCGAGUGGCUCGGCUACAAGAAGACUAUGCUGGUGUCCAUGACCGCCAUGAUCGGCGCAAUCUUCAUCCCCUUCUUCUCCACCGGCCUGCCCAUGUUUCUGGCUGGUGGCCUAGUCCAGGGCAUCCCCUGGGGCAUCUUCCAGACCCUCGCCGUCUCGUACGCCGCCGACCUGUGUCCCACCCACAUACGCUCCUACAUGACCUCGUGGAUCAACCUGUGCUGGGUUACGGGCGGCCUUCUCUCCACCGGCAUCCUGCGCGGCCUUCUUGGCAUUCCCGGUGAGCUGGGCUACAAGGUCCCCUUUGCCGUCCAGUGGGUUUGGCCUGUGCCCAUAAUGGUGGUCACGCUGCUCUGCCCCGAGUCGCCGUGGUGGCUUGUCCGCCAAGGCCGCGUCGACGAGGCCCGCGACGCCGUGCGCAAGCUCAUCACUCCUCAGGACGAUGUCCAGUUCGACCUUGACGCCCAUAUCGACAUGAUGGUGACGACGGACAACUACGAGAAGAAGAUCAACGCCGGGACCAACUACCAUGAUCUCUUCAAGGGCGCCGACCUCCGCCGCACUGAGAUCGCCCUCAUGGUGUUUAUCACCCAGGCCCUUUGCGGCGUGCCUUUCAUGGGAUACGCCGUGCAGUUCAUGACCAACGGCGGUCUGCCCACCGAGGCUGCCUACAAUGUCAACGUGAUCCUUAGCUGCGCCCAGUGGCUCGCCUGCGUCGCUGCUUGGUUCAUCAUGACUAGCCUCGGCCGUCGCUUCCUGUAUGUCUGGGGCUUGUUGGUCAUGGUCGUUAUCCUGAUGAUUGUCGGCUUCGUCGGGCUCGCCCCGGGUGCCGGUACCACGCAGAACCAGGAGGCUGCGCGUGCCGUCGCCGCCCUCAUCGUGCUCAUGCUGGUCUGCUUCCAGCUGAGUCUGGGCCCCAUCUGCUACACCAUCGUGGCCGAGAUUCCGUCGACGCGUAACCGCAUUAAGACGGUCGCUCUGGCCCGCGCCAGCUACAACGCCGCCGUCUUCAUCAACAACGCACUCAUGCCGCAGAUGGUUGGCGUCAACGCCUGGAACUGGGGCCCCAAGGCUGGCUUCUUCUGGGCCGGCGUCGCCUUUGUCUUCUUCCUUUGGACCUACUUCCGCCUGCCCGAGUGCAAGGGCUUGACAUAUGCCGAGCUCGAUCUUCUGUUUGAGCACCGUGUGCGAACCCGCGAAUUCUCACAAGCGCGCGCUGACGAACUCAAGCCUGCCCUGGCCGACGCUGCCGCGCAGAGUGAGAAGUGAUGAAGCCGUGAUUAGACGCGUUUUAGUUAUCGGCUUCGAUAGUUUGUUCUCAUCGUGCCUCAUGGUUACGACCAAUACAAAAUUCUCUUGUCACGCCUUUCUCGUCUCCUCUUGCCAUUUCCUAUCUCCAUCCCAGACUCCCUCUCUAAACACACUGAGAGUACCACUGGUUGGUCGCCGUGCAGGUCCCUGAGGAACAACAUGUCGGCCCAGUCCAUCCCUGGCCUCCACACUGGGCGUACAUAGCAGUGCACUGAGGGUUAACGGCCAAAGCCGUUCAGUAUGGCGUUGUAGGCUGGCUUCUUGUUGUACGAAGAGUCCCAGAUCAGGGCGUUGCCGCCGCUGAUCCAGCUGUGCGCGUCGGUGAAGCCCCAAGCGGUGAUGCCUACGCAGCGGCUGACCUGCAUGCAAGCCUGGACGACGUAGCCGUAGUCGGUUGCCUGCUGCGCGAACUGGCUCGAUCCACUGCGGGCGGCAAUGUCCUUUUUUUUUGGUCACUACAGUCAGCCAGCCUUUCAUCUCGUUCACUCUCGACAUGUACAUCUGACACGGCCUCCCAAAACUCACAAGCUCCGUGUAGGCGACGUCGACGCCCAGGGCCGUAAAGGCGUUGAGGUUCUGCACCAGGGUGCUGACGGGGCCGACCUGGCCGACGCUCAUGUGGCCCUGCAGGCCCAUGCCGUCGAUGGGGGCGCCGGCGGCCUUGACCAUCUUGAUGAGGUUCUGGGCGCCCGUGGCCUUGCGGCCGGGCUUGUCGCAGUUGUAGUCGUUGUAGUACAGCUUGGCGGCCGGGUCGGCGGCGCGGGCGGCCUUGAAGGCGAGCGGGAUGAACUCGGUGGCGCCGAUGGUCCUGCCCCAGAUGGAGUCGCCGGUGCGGUACGAGCCGUCCUCGUUGAGGGCCUCGUUGACCACGUCCCAGGCGUAGCACGAGCCCUUGAAGUGGCCCACGACGUUCUUGAUGUGCGUCUCCAUGAUGCUGAUGAGCGUCGCCUUGUUGAAGCCGCCGUUGCGGACCCAACCGGGCACCUGGGCGUGCCAGACGAGGGCGUGGCAGCGCAUGUGGGCGCCGAUGGCCUUGGCGGCCGUCACGAUGCGGUCGGCGUUGCCGUAGUUGAAGUUGCCGCGCGACGGCUCGAGCGCGUCAAACUUCAUCUCGUUCUCGGCCGUGUAGGAGCCAAAGUCCUCGCCGUUCUUGACGACGGCGCUGGCGCGCCCGUCGUUGAGCACCCCCGGGUUCACGCACGUGCCCCAGUACCGCCCCUUGGCCUUGGCCCGCGCGUUGAGCCCGUCGGCCGCCACGAGGGAUGACGCGCCCAGCGCCGCCGUGA